AUCAAUUUUAAUUUGCUGUGGAGUAUCCAAAACAUACAUCUCAUAUGUUGGUAUUAGUACCUGCAAUUCUCUUGCUGCUCGUCUCGUCCACAAACUGGACUGCCACAGCCGAAACCGAACUUGUGAAGUCGGUCUGCCAGCAGACUUUCGAUUAUGCCGGGUGCGUGGAGGCCCUCUCAUCGGACUCCCGAACAAAUGAUGCCACCAACCUCACAACUCUCGUGACCAUAUGCCUCGACCUGGCACUGGCCAAUGCGACUGACAUUGUGGGGUUUGUGAAGCAGAUGGCUGAGGACCCCAGCACGAACCCGGACCUGAAGUCCGUGCUCAGUGACUGUGUCUUCGGGUACCAGGACACAGUUGGGUCAUUCCGGAGCGCGGGCCACAAAGUGAGAUCUAAAUCAGAAGUGCAGCUGCGGGUCGCAUUGUAUGAAGUGGCGGCAGCAAUAGAUGGGCCAGAGAGCUGCCGAUUGGAACUGGCGGACCAUAACUUGAGCGAGCCUCCAGAAAUAUUUAAACGAUACGGUUACAUUCGCUUGUUCAGUAUCAUUGGAGAUGUUCUCCUCGAACUUAUGCUCCACAUGAAUUAACUACCACAGGAGAUUGGAGAGGUAACAAUGAAAGCGGGAAAGGCCAGUCAAUGAAUUAUCUGCCAUCACCAUACUAUAUAUCCUCUCUUUUGUCUUAAGUUCAAGAUGGAGCAAUAAAAGGAAUUGAAGAGAAUAGUAGAUUUGAAUAGAAUCGAAUUACAUAUUCCGUUCGUCGAUUUAUUCUCUCCAGUGAAAAACGGGCCGAAGCCAAAAAUACAAAACUAAUUAAGCAACAUC